CCGAGCAGGCUCUCGCGGAAGUCCAUUCUCAUUGGGAGGGCCGCGGUGGCUGCUUUGUGCCCUUGUUGCUGAGGGCCUCUUCCUGGGUCAUUCCUGGAGCAGAAGCCGGACUGGGGAUAACAGCGGGGCUCCCGCCUGGCCGCCUCGGCGUCUGUGUGACCUCCUCGCCGGCAGAAUGUGGCGACUACGCCGGGCUGCCGUGGCCUGUGAGGUCUGCCAGUCCUUAGUGAAACACAGCUCUGGAAUAAAAGGAAGCUUACCACUACAAAAACUGCACCUGGUUUCGAGAAGUAUUUAUCAUUCACGUCAUCCUACCUUAAAGCUUCAAAGACCUCAAUUCAGGACAUCGUUUCAGCAGUUCUCCUCUUUAACAAACCUUCCUUUACGUAAAUUGAAACUUUCUCCAAUUAAAUAUGGCUACCAGCCCCGCAGGAAUUUUUGGCCAGCGAGAUUAGCUGCAAGACUCUUAAAACUUCGGUACCUCAUACUAGGAUCUGCUGUUGGGGGUGGCUAUACUGCCAAAAAGACUUUUGAUCAGUGGAAAGAUAUGAUACCUGACCUUAGUGACUAUAAAUGGAUUGUGCCUGACAUUGUGUGGGAGAUUGAUGAGUAUAUCGAUUUAGAGAAAAUUAGAAACGCCCUUCCUAAUUCAGAGGACCUUGCAAAAUUGACGCCUGACUUUGACAAGAUUGUUGAAAGCCUCAGCUUAUUGAAAGAUUUUUUCACUACAGGUCACAAAUUGGUUAGUGAAGUCAUAGAAGCUUCUGACCUACUUCUCUUGUUAGGUUCACCUGGAGAAACGGCAUUUAGAGCAACAGAUCCCGGAUCUGAAAGUGACAAGCGUUAUAGAAAGGGUCUGCUUGGUGAGCUCAUUCUCUUACAACAGCAAAUUCAAGAGCAUGAAGAGGAAGCACGCAGAGCUGCUGGCCAAUAUAGCACGAGCUAUACCCAACAGAAGCGCAAGGUGUCAGACAAAGAGAAAAUCGACCAACUUCAAGAAGAACUUCUGCAUACUCAGUUAAAGUACCAGAGAAUCUUGGAACGGUUAGAAAAGGAGAACAAAGAAUUGAGAAAAUUAGUAUUGCAAAAAGACGACAAAGGCAUCCAUCAUAGAAAGCUUAAGAAAUCUUUGAUUGACAUGUAUUCUGAAGUUCUUGAUGUUCUGUCUGAUUAUGAUGCCAGUUACAAUACACAAGAUCAUCUGCCAAGGGUUGUUGUGGUUGGAGAUCAGAGUGCUGGAAAAACUAGUGUGUUGGAAAUGAUUGCUCAAGCACGAAUAUUCCCUCGAGGAUCUGGGGAGAUGAUGACACGUUCUCCAGUUAAGGUGACUUUGAGUGAGGGUCCUCACCAUGUGGCCUUGUUUAAAGACAGUUCUCGGGAGUUUGAUCUUACAAAAGAGGAAGAUCUUGCAGCAUUAAGGCAUGAAAUAGAACUCCGAAUGAGGAAAAAUGUGAAAGAAGGCUGUACUGUUAGCCCUGAGACCAUAUCCUUAAAUGUAAAAGGCCCUGGACUACAGAGGAUGGUGCUUGUUGACUUACCAGGUGUGAUUAAUACUGUGACAUCAGGCAUGGCUCCUGACACAAAGGAAACCAUUUUCAGUAUCAGCAAAGCUUAUAUGCAGAAUCCUAACGCCAUCAUACUGUGUAUUCAAGAUGGAUCUGUGGAUGCUGAGCGCAGCAUUGUUACAGACUUGGUCAGUCAAAUGGAUCCUCAUGGAAGAAGGACAAUAUUUGUUUUGACCAAAGUAGACCUGGCAGAGAAAAAUGUGGCUAGUCCAAGCAGGAUUCAGCAAAUAAUUGAAGGAAAACUCUUCCCAAUGAAAGCUCUAGGUUAUUUUGCUGUUGUAACAGGAAAAGGAAACAGCUCUGAAAGCAUUGAAGCUAUAAGAGACUAUGAAGAAGAAUUUUUUCAGAAUUCUAAACUUCUAAAGACAAGCAUGCUAAAGGCACACCAGGUGACUACAAGAAAUCUAAGCCUUGCUGUAUCAGACUGCUUUUGGAAAAUGGUACGAGAGUCAGUUGAACAACAGGCUGAUAGUUUUAAAGCAACACGUUUCAACCUUGAAACUGAGUGGAAGAAUAACUAUCCUCGCCUCCGAGAACUUGACCGGAACGAACUAUUUGAAAAAGCUAAAAAUGAAAUCCUCGAUGAAGUUAUCAGUCUGAGCCAGGUUACACCAAAACAUUGGGAGGAAAUCCUUCAGCAAUCCUUGUGGGAAAGAGUAUCAACUCAUGUGAUUGAAAACAUCUAUCUUCCAGCUGCACAGACCAUGAAUUCUGGGACUUUUAAUACUACAGUGGAUAUCAAGCUUAAACAGUGGACUGAUAAGCAGCUUCCUAAUAAAGCAGUCGAGGUUGCUUGGGAGACUCUGCAGGAAGAAUUUUCUCGCUUCAUGACAGAACCAAAAGGAAAAGAACAUGAUGACAUAUUUGAUAAACUUAAAGAGGCUGUUAAGGAAGAAAGUAUUAAGCGCCACAAGUGGAAUGAUUUUGCAGAGGACAGCUUGAGAGUUAUUCAACAUAAUGCUUUAGAAGAUCGGUCCAUAUCUGAUAAACAGCAGUGGGAUGCCGCUAUUUAUUUUAUGGAAGAGGCUCUUCAGGCUCGUCUCAAGGAUACUGAAAAUGCACUUGAAAAUAUGGUAGGUCCAGACUGGAAAAAGAGGUGGCUGUACUGGAAGAAUCGAACACAAGAACAGUGUGUUCACAAUGAGACCAAGAAUGAAUUGGAGAAGAUGUUGAAAUGUAAUGAGGAGCACCCCGCUUAUCUCGCAAGUGAUGAGAUAACCACAGUCCGAAAGAACCUUGAAUCCCGAGGAGUAGAAGUAGACCCAAGCUUGAUUAAGGAUACUUGGCACCAAGUUUAUAGAAGACAUUUCUUAAAAACAGCUCUAAACCAUUGUAACCUUUGUCGGAGAGGCUUCUAUUACUACCAAAGGCAUUUCGUAGAUUCUGAGUUGGAAUGCAACGAUGUUGUCUUGUUUUGGCGAAUACAGCGCAUGCUAGCUAUCACUGCAAAUACUUUAAGACAGCAACUUACAAACACUGAAGUUAGGCGAUUAGAGAAAAAUGUUAAAGAAGUAUUGGAAGAUUUUGCUGAAGAUAGUGAGAAGAAGGUAAAAUUGCUCACUGGUAAACGAGUUCAGCUGGCCGAAGACCUCAAGAAAGUUAGAGAAAUUCAAGAAAAACUUGAUGCUUUUAUUGAAGCUCUUCAUCAGGAGAAAUAAAUUGUAAUAAAAACCUACUCAUACUAUAAUCACCUCUGCAUACAUCUGAAGAAAGAAAACUCCAAAAUCUUUUGUCCUGCCUUUUUUUUUCUUCUGCUAUUCCACCUUUCUAAACAUAAAAUAAAGUCAUGGAAUAUAAAUAAUUUAUGCAGUGUGUUAGAGACACUUUAACUAUCAGCUACCUUUUGAAUGAAAGAACAAUGGGAAUGGCAGUAACAUUCUAUUUUAUUUUAUCAAAGUUGGGAUGCUUUAAGUGGCAUAGCCAUUAGGCUCAGUCCUUGAAGAUAAGACACUUGGCCUCCUUCUUGUUGUCUCAUUUGUGGUGGCCCUAGCUAGUUCAGCUAACUCAUUAGCUGACAUUACUUGAUAUCUGUUUAUUUUCCAGAAAAAGAAUGCUAGGUGUUUUGAAAUAAAACUUAAGGCAAUUUUCUAAAGGCUAUCAAUUGUAUAUCUAUAAAUGAUGGUAACCUGCGGAGUUGUUGUCUGUAUCUGUAAUGUUCUAGAUCCAGAAAAUAUCUGACAUGAUAAUUCAGUUGAUAUUCAUCACGUGAAAGAAGUCGAGUGGAACCCCCCCCUCCCGCCCAGUAGGCAGUCCCAUGUACAUUCAGUGACAGAUUUCAACCCUUCGUUGACAACUGAGAGAAGUCAAUAGCAGUUUACCUAUUUGAUUCAGUUAAUGUUUUUGUACUCUCUCUAUCCAUUUGAAUUUCAUUCAUUUUGGAUGCUGUAUACUUGAGCUAGGCUUUCUGCUAAUGUUUUUUUUAACCUGUUGACAGAGCUAUUGGAUUGUGACACAGGAUGGGGAAGAUUAAGAAUAAUCAGUUGACUGAUUUCAUUUAGACGAUUGUCAAACAUUUCAGUAGACCUCAGGAAAAAGCUUUCUUUCAUGACACUGUAUUUUAAAUAGAAGUUAUUUCAGCAAUUAGAAUAAUUCACCACCCCCAGUUCGCUGAACAUUUAAGAAAAAUACAAAGUUUAAUUAAUUGCAGUUCAAUUACAGUAAUAUCCUCACAUUAUUUUCAUGUUUUUUAUAUAUUUUUUUUAUCAGCUAAAGAAACUUAAAACAAAGAAAUAGGCCAUCUUUGACUUCAAAUAUCUUUCUCGUUUAACUUUGCUCUUUGCUGCCAUUUCAUUAAGCCUUUAUUAUUCUGAUAAAAAUGCCAUUGCGCGACAGUUUAUUUUACAGUUUUUUUAAUUUUACAGUUUUCUCGGAAUAUGUUUUGGUAACAGUUUCCUUGCCAACCCCACAUUUUUUUUUUAAUUUAACAACAGUGCAGCCUUUAUUGUGAGCUCUAUCAAGAUCUGACACUUAGUGUGCAAGGUUAAAAGAUGUCACAAAAUAGUUCAGAAAUUGAGAGUUCAGAAAAUAGUUGUUUUAUACUGUUUGAUAAGGAAAAUAGAUCCAGUUUUAGGUGGCUAGUAGCAGUGUAUUUUAUUUGGUAGCUGGGUGGUCAAGAACAUUUCUUAUGUCAUUUAGGCUUAGGGAUCGCUGCUGAAUAGAAAGGGAGUAGAGCUUACCAAUGUCCUGUCCAAAGCUUAGGCGUUCCUAACUUACUGGUUAACUCCCUCCAGCCAGUGCGGGCCAGUGGUAAACACCCUCACUGAAGCAGACAUCCUACAAUUAUUCAUGUUUUUGCGGUUAUAAAAUACAACCACUUUACAACUACAAAUCUACUUCUAAAGGAAAAAAGAAAUAGGCCCAUAUUUAACUCUCUGAGCUAAGGAUGAGGAAAAAUGCCCUCAGCUGUAGUUCCACAGAUUGUCCCCAAGCAAAAGGCUGAUAUUAAAUCAGUACUUUUGUUUCUAGGGCCGCUCUGGUGGCAUAUGGAGGUUCCCAGGCUAGGGGUUGAAUCAGAGCUAUAGCUGCCAGCCUGCACCACAGCCACAGCAAUGCCAGAUCCAAGCCCCAUCUGCUACCUACGCACAGCUCACCGAAGUGCUGUAUCCUUAACCCACUGAGCGAGGUCAGGGAUCGAACCCGCAUCCUCAUGGAUUCUAGCUGGAUUCAUUACCCCAGAGCCACAAUGAGAACUCCCUAAAUCAGUACUUUUAUCACCUGCCUUUAUGUAAACUUAAGAAAGAGCAAUGGGGUAUCUCCAUUUCUUUGAGAUCAAUGUUUGUAAUUUAAAUAUAUAAAUAGAUGAUAAAAAUAUUAUUAGAAAUACCAUAUUAGAAUCCAGACAUUUCCCAUCCCUCUCCAUAAUACAACUCCUUUCAUGGAUUAUGUAUUUUUUUCCUUUAUGGCUGAUCUCAUACUAAGCCCCUUGCCAUAGCUAGGUAUUUAUUAAAUGCAGAUGUUAUUAAAAGAAAAAAUAAAGUUCAGAUUCUCAACAGUAAACCCUGUGUGUUGCGUCUGUAGUUCAGAAAUUACAAAUGAUUCAAAUGUAAACAAAUCACUAUACAGAAGUAUACAAAUUAACAAAUAAAAACAUUCACUAUACAGAAGUUAAAUUCUAACUAGACCAGGAAUCGUUUGUUCUUCAUGUCAGAAACUGCAAAGAAUAGAGUGAACAAAGCUCUUUAUGGAAGACUGAACAACUGUAAAUAGAUUAUAUCUAAAAUUUACUUGGUCUAGGUAUCAGUUAAAAAAAAAAAUCAGUCCAUGUGGGCAAGACCCGAUAGAAAACAAGUGGUUUCACGGUUGAACUAUAGUUCAGUGGAGCUGUUGUUAUAGGUGGAGCAAUCAGCCUUUCUUAGUGGCUUAUUUGUAUUCUCUUUUCUUUUUAUUGCCCACCCCCAUCCUUUCCAGACUUCUUCGCUGCAACAGACUCCUUCCCACAAGUAAUUUAGCCUCCAGAUGCAAAUGACUAGUGUAAAAAUGAGUAGGGAACAUUGCAGAGAGAAAUGCUUCCUAAGCUUAUAAUUAGGGAACUUUAUAUAUGAUGAUAAGAUUCAGAGUGUAAGUUUAAGAGGUAAAUCCCUUAACUAGUCCAUAAUUUAAUUUAUUUUAGAUGUAUUUAUCUGUGAAAAGAAAUAUGUUAUUUUAGUUUUCCAAUAAAGGGGAUCAAAGUAUUUUUUUUUUUUAUUUCAGUUCUCUAAGCUGGUAUUGCUAUGGUUUCAGGAUCUUUAAUGGUAUGGAAAUGUGCUUACAAAUAAUGCUUACCUUUUGAAUAAUCAUGACUUUGUGCUUAAAUAUUUAAAGUUUAACCCUGUUUUUACUUGUGCACUAUGAAUGAACUUUGUAUUAUUUUUAAAGACCUUCACAUUACAUGUAGAUGUUACUGCAAUUUAUAUUUUGCCUGUGCUUGAUCUAAGGUCAUUUGUGUAGAUGAGUAAUUAAAGAUACUAAAAUCAUGUGAUAAUUCUGUUAUUGGAGAACAUCUUUUAAGUUGUCUCUGUUUUAAUGAAGAAGAAAGAGAAAGUAUCUGUGCACCUAGGGUGAUAAUUUGACCCUGUAGUAUAACCAAAUUCAUGGUCUAACAAGCCUCUUCACGUGGCUGUUUGAAUACUUAAAUUUCACGUACCUCACAUUGCACAGUUGUAAUUCCUGGUCUAACAAUGCUCUUUUUUCAUGUGUUGAUAUUUGUAAAUACAUUCUGAUAUUUCUUUGUUAAAAUAUAUUUUUAAAUGAU